UGUGCACCUCCACUGAUUUCGCUGUGUUGGGGAUGGAAGGGCAGCUCUUCUGAAAGUUCUCUGCAGGACGUGGAGUGAAAUUUGUUUCUGAAGAAUUUCUUGGUCCAUUUUUCCAUGAAAAGAAAACUUACUGGAAUUUUGAUGGGAUAUCAUUAUAAGUGAAUUUUGGGAAAAUGAUCAUCUUUGUAAAGCUGUAACUCUAGAAACCUUUACUUUUGUCCAGGACCAAGAAAAUGAAUACAUUUUUGGGGUUCAUCUCAUUAGAGGAUGUGGCUGUUCACUUUACCUGGGAGGAGUGGCAGAUCCUUGAAGAUGCUCAGAGAACCCUAUACAAGGAUGUGAUGCUGGAGAUCUACAGCAGCCUGGUGUUCUUGGGACACUGCAUUGCCAAAUCUGCAGUGAUCUUUAAGUUGGAGCAAGGAGGAGAGCCAUGGACAUUAGAACUCUGCAACCAGAAACUCCCAGUACACCUGAGAAGCACAGAGUCCUAUGCAAGUAAGGAGAAAUCCUUCUUUCGGGCGUCAGAUGGAGCUGUUUCUCAGAGAAUCUUCACAAGGGAAAAGCCCUAUGAAUAUAAUAAAUGCCAAAAAGCUGUUUUCCAAAAGUCAAAAAUCACUGUACAUCAGGGAAAUCAUGGUGAACAGAAACCUUAUGGAUACAAACAAUGCAGGGAAACUUUCCCCUGGAAGUCAACUUUCAUUAUGCCUGAGAAAAUUCACACUGGAGAAAAACCCUGUGAAUGUAAAGAAUGCAGGGGAUUCUUAUUACUGAACUCACACCUUCCUGAUCAUCUGAGGACCUACACGGUAGACAGGUCCUAUGAACGUGAACACUGUACAAAAACAUUCACCCAGAAGUCAGACGUGACCAUACAUCAGAAAACUCACACAAAAGAGAAACUCUAUGUAUGUGAACGAUGUAAGAAAACAUUCUACCGGAAAUCAUAUUUAAUUAGACAUCAGCGAUCUCACAUAGGAAAGAGACCUUAUGAAUGUGAACAAUGUAGGAAAACAUUCUUCCAGAAGUCAGCACUCAGUAAACAUCAGAAAAUUCACACAAGAGAGAGGCCCUAUGAAUGUGAACAAUGUAGGAAAGCGUUCUUCCAAAAAUCAGCACUCAGUGUACAUCAGAGAAGUCACACAGGAGAGAAACCCUAUGAAUGUGAGACAUGUAGGAAAUGCUUCUAUCGGAAAUCAACACUCAAAAUACAUCAGAGAAUUCACACAGGAGAAAAACCCUAUGAAUGCGAACAGUGUGGAAAAGCAUUCUCCCAGAAGUCAUCCCUCACUAUUCAUCAGAGAAGUCACACAGGAGAGAAACGUCAUGAAUGCGAACAAUGUAGGAAAACAUUCUUACAGAAGUCAGCACUCAGUGUGCAUCAGAGAAUUCACACAGGAGAGAAACCCUUUGAAUGUGAACAAUGUAGGAAAACGUUCUACACUAGAACACAUCUCACUAUACAUCAGAGAAUUCACACAGGAGAGAAACCCUAUGAAUGUGAACAGUGUAGGAAAACAUUCUCCCAGAAGUCAUACCUCACUAUACAUCAGAGAAUUCAUACAGGAGAGAAACCCUAUGAAUGUGUACAAUGUAAAUUCACAUUCUCCCGGAAGACAUACCUCACUGUACAUCAGAAAACUCACACCAGAUUGAAACCUUAUAAAAAGAAUGGAGGUAAUUUUUCUCCUGUAAGCCACGUUACUAAACAUCUGAGAACUCACAGAAGAGAGAAGCCUUUUAAAUAUGAAUGAUUUAGGAAAACUUUAUACAGGAAGUUACAACUUACUGUGAUGUUUUUUAAAAAAUUAACGUAAACUUUCUAACCAGAACUUAUACCUCCCUGUAUGUCAAAGAACUCAUAUGGGAGAAAUUUUUUGCUAAUAUGUUGUGAAUCUUCUGUAAUUCAGAAUGCACUGUAUAUUAUAAAGCUCACUGUACAUUGUAGGAGCUGUUAAAUGUAGACCAUGUGGGAAAUCUGCUAAGAAGUCGAAACUUAAACUGUAUGAAAGACCUCCCAUAGAAUAGAAACUUAUAAAAGUAAAGACGUAGAAAAUCUUUCUCACAAGAUUAACAUCUUAUAUAUCUUUGGAGGAUGUACAUAGUAGAGAAACUUACCCAUUAAUGAUUUUUGGAAAAACUUUUGUGAUAAAAUCUCA